CGUUUAAUUAUUGCAUUAUCUCAGUGAAAAAUGGUAAAAUUAACACCAGAAUUGAUAAAUGUGUCUAUGCAGUUUAUGAAUCCCUGCAGAGACAGGGAACUCUGCCUCAGGGGCUACAAAAUCCCUCAGAUCGAAAAUUUGGGAGCUACACUGGAUCAAUUCGAUGUGAUAGAUUUCUCGGACAAUGAUCUACGCAAAUUGGAUGGAUUCCCACAUCUGCAGCGCCUGAAAUGCCUGCUACUGAACAACAAUCGGAUUGUGAGGAUCAGUGAGAACCUUCAUGAGUCCCUGCCCAAUCUGGAAUCUGUUAUACUCACUGGGAAUGGCAUCCAGGAACUUGGAGACCUUGAGCCCCUUACACACCUUCCGAAGCUGGAGACUCUCUGUUUAUUGAUGAAUCCUGUGUCCACAAAGCCCCACUACAGGGAAUACAUGGCUUACAGAUUUCCCAAUUUGAGGCUACUGGACUUCCGGAAGAUCAAGCAGAAGGACCGGAAGGCAGCUAAUGAGCUGUUCAAGAGCAAGAAAGGCAAAGAAAUUCACAAAGAAAUCACAAAACGGGCAAAGACUUUCACUCCCGGAGCUGGAUUGGACAAGGCUAAAGUUCCGAGAGUCAACAAUGCCAAUGUUCAGGCCAUCCGGGAAGCCAUUAAGAAUGCCACAUCCCUGCAGGAAGUCGAAAAACUCACGCGAAUGCUGCAAUCUGGGCAGAUCCCGGAGGAAGUUCAAAAUGGAAAUGGAACGACACAAGAAGAGGAGCCAAUGGAGGAGAAUUGAGCCUGGGAUUCUUGUACACUGAGAAUAAAAUUUUUCCUUAAACAAUAAAUUAAUUAAGAAAUCAAGAAAAAAA